ACUGCUGUGUGUUGCUGUUGCUGUUGCUGUUGCUAUUGCUGUAUCUGCUGCUGCUGCCGCUCCGUACCGUUCCCGUCGCAUAGUAGGCAGCUCAGUUACAAGACCAUUAUUUGACGUAUUUUUUGCGCGCUCGGUUGGCCGUUUGGUUGGUCGCUCGGUACCUCGGUUGGAUGAUCGGUUUGCUCGGCUAUAUCCAUAGCACGCCCAUUCCCAGUCACAGUCACAUUCCCAGAGCCCCUUCCGUCGGAGCCUUGGAUACAAAGUGGAUUUUGGAAGAGAACUUCUGCAGUCUCAUCGAAUCGUACUCGCACUCGCACUCGCACUCGUAAUCGCAAUCGCACUCGCACUCGUUAACUGGGGCCGGGUAUCGCAUUCAUGAGCUGGCUCAUUGGCAUUCAUUUGGAUUCGCACGCCGACACCGCCAGUAGUGCGUCCAACGCAGUGGUCACCUCCUCAUCCUCAGCCUCAGUCUCAGUCUCAGUCGCGAGUGAUCAAACCACUUAAAUGACUCCAAAUCCUCAACGAAAGUGCUAACACAUUCAAAUACAAAUACAACAGAAAUAAAUACACGUGGAUACAGACGAUCGAUCCAUCCCGUUCAGUGCUCGGUGCAAAAGUGUUCAAAAGUGAAGAUAAUCCAGCGACACUCCACUAGGACUCCACUCUGGUCAAGUUGGUGGCAAGCAAGAUUGCUUCGUUUCGGUGCAGAAUAGUAUGCGAAUUCGUCCACAGUGGAUUCAACGAAUAAAAUGGCCGUUGGACCGACGGAGGGCAAACAGCCGCCCUCAGAGAGCUUCUCGCCCACGCACCACCAGAUUAUAGCGCCCAGUCCGAUACUGGCGGUGCCCACACUCGCCUUCUCCGCCGCCCAGGUGGAGAUCGUCUGCAAGACCCUGGAGGACUCGGGCGACAUCGAGCGGCUGGCCCGAUUCCUCUGGAGCCUGCCCGUCGCCCUGCCAAACAUGCACGAGAUACUCAACUGCGAGGCGGUGCUCCGGGCCCGGGCAGUGGUCGCCUAUCAUGUUGGCAACUUCAGGGAACUUUAUGCAAUAAUAGAGAAUCAUAAAUUUACUAAAGCAUCCUAUGGCAAGCUGCAGGCCAUGUGGCUGGAGGCCCACUACAUUGAGGCCGAGAAGCUGCGCGGUCGAUCUCUAGGACCCGUUGACAAGUAUCGAGUGCGCAAGAAGUUUCCGCUUCCACCGACCAUCUGGGAUGGCGAACAGAAGACGCACUGCUUCAAGGAGCGCACGAGGAGCCUACUGCGCGAAUGGUACCUACAGGAUCCCUAUCCGAAUCCCACCAAGAAGCGGGAGCUGGCCAAGGCCACAGGCCUCAAUCCCACGCAAGUGGGCAACUGGUUCAAGAAUCGCCGCCAACGGGAUCGUGCUGCUGCGGCCAAGAAUCGCCUUCAGCACAACCAGAACUCGGGCAUGGGCUGCCGCAGCCGGCGUGCAGAUGGCGCUGCCUCGCCCACGCCCUCGGACAGCUCCGACUCGGACAUCUCGCUGGGCACCCACUCACCUGUGCCCAGCAGCCUGCAGCUGCAGCAUAGCCCCGGGAGCACCUCCAACGGCGCGAAUGACCGCGAUGAGAGCCUCAGCGUGGACGACGACAAGCCGCGGGAUCUGAGCAGCUCCCUGCCACUGGCCUCGCCCGGCCUGACCCCGCCCCAGCUACCCCACGUCGGAGUCGUAUUUGGUGGCGCGGGUGGGGGUGGUCCACCACUGGCCGGGCCGGGGGGUUGUCUGCCGCCUUUCAAGCUGGAUGCGGCCACCAGUCUCUUCAGCGCCGGCUGCUACCUGCAAAGCUUUAGCAACCUGAAGGAGAUUUCUCAGCAGUUCCCCAUCCAGCCCAUAGUCCUGCGGCCGCAUCCACAGCUGCCACAGCUGCCACAGCUGCCCCAGCCGCUUUCCCUUAACGGAGGAGCCGGCGGUCCACCGCAUCUCCAUCAUCCCGCCUAUGCGGCCUAUGUCGAGUGCGUGCCCAGCCACGCCCAGCAGCCCCCACCGCCACCCAAGCUGCGGAUCAACUCCCCAGAGAAACUCAAUUCGACGGCGGUGGCGGCGGCCGUAGCAGGCGCGGGAGCGUGCACAGGAGGAGGAGGAGGAGGUGCGUCACAUCAUCACGAGGCAACGAACACGGGCUACCACCACAGUGGGCAAUUGCUGCUGCACAGACCCUUCUCAACGUCGCCCGAGCUGAAGCACAGUGCUCCAGAGAUCACAUGAUAUCAGCGGGUCUGAGGUGUCGCCACAUCCCCGCACCCAUACCUGUCUCCCGCCCCAUCCAUCCCCCGAAGCACUAAGGCCCAGCUAUUCAAAUUGUUUCAAUUCUAAUUCUAAGUUAAAUCUAGUAAGUUCCAGUUCGAGCAAUACUCUGAAUCAAGCAAAAUCGACUUUAGCCAGCUCCUGAUUGAUACGGAAAUCUGGAAAUCCUAUGGAAAUACCCCCAUAUCGCACCCUACACCCAACAAGUUCCAGUACUCGUACCACAGCAAACCGCAAGUGUCGCACCCUCUUUUCAAAGAUAGCCAUUUAAGCCAGUCGGACGAAGAGUUACAGUUAGUUACAGCCAGAGGAACCAGUGGGAUAUUAUAGUGACGGAGGUGAACAGUCCUCAGAGUGUCCUCCCCUGCCACCUGCCGGGGAGCUGAAUGUGAACUUGACUUCGAAACGUUUUCAUUCAGAUUUUUGUGUGUGUACGUACUUGUAAAUAGAGUUUAAGUAUGCAAAAUCAUAGAGCUUACGUAUACAUUUAGAUUGCAAUAAAAACCGAAUGAACAGUUAA